UUACUGGUUAUUGAGUCCUCUCCGAAGUUGCCCACUUGCAGAGAGGUAAAUGCUGUGGUUCUGCAUGCAGACAUUGUCCAUAUGAGCAAGUUAACGUGAAAGACCAGUCCAAAAAGAAGCGCUUCAACUCAUUUUUUAAAAUAUAA